CAACAGCGACCAAGGUUGCCUAUCUUCAUCUACCUUGGACAGGCUAUUCAGCGGUGCCCUAGAAGAUCUUCGAACGUGCGGUAAGACCGCUUCUCUAGUCUGGCAGAGCUCAGGCCGCUCAAGUCGCGCCCAGUGCUCUGUCUCGCAGGGACGAAGGCGCAAACGCCAUCAUGGCCGGAAGCAGCGCGAACAUCUCGUCGAAGAAUUAUUGGAUGGCGUACAUUGGUCAGCGAGCAGCAUUGAGUCUCGUUGGUCCACCUAAAUCCUUCUACUUGGGAAAGCAGAGAGAGCAUCGCGUCUUGCCAAUUCCGACACGGCACGGAGAUGUUCAGUGCUGGGUGUACGACGCGGCGCCGGGCACGAAGCUGAACACGCACACCGAUCAGUCUCGGGGCACAGGCGCUCCCAUCCACGUCAGCAUCCACGGAGGGGGCUGCAUCUUGUCGUCACCCUGGGAAGACGACCACAUCAACUCUCAUUUGGCUGGACUCGGCAUGGUGGUGGUCAGCCCGGUCUACUCGUGCGCGCCGCAAAAACGCUUUCCGGUAGCUGAAGAGGAAGUCUAUGAUGUCUGCAAGUGGCUGAGCACGAAGAGUCGCGAAGCGCACGGAUGGGACAGCAGUCGAAUCUCGGUCAGUGGCUUUAGCGCUGGUGGCAAGCUUGCUCUGAAUAUUGCUCAGCAGGCACAUGCGGAAAGUAACGAGACUCUGCGACUUCGAGCAUUGGCACCCUACUUUACAAUGUUCGACGUGACGCGCUCCAAGCGGCGCUCGAAGCACAGUAACAUAUUCCCAGUCGUACCCGCGUGGCAGCUGGCUCUUGUGCAAGCAGUAUAUUUUCCAGACAUCGCUUCCCGCUCCACGCCGCUUGCAUCGCCUUAUCACGAUCCGGCUCUUGCCGAAGCCUGUCGAGGCAUCCCGCUCCUGAUCACGACCGGCGGUCGAGACACUCUUGGGGUCGAAGGCGAUGAGGUCGCACGUAGACUCGGCGAUGCAGGUGUGGAUGUCACGCACAAGUGCUUCGAGGCGGCGGAUCACGCAUACACACACAAAGGCUCCAAAGAGACUGCCCGCGAGUCUAUCAUGAUGCUAGGAGACUUUUUGACCAAACAUCUGAGCCUGGAGUCGUGAGUGCAGGCAGCAAUCAGAAUAAUCAUCGUGCACACGACGUCAAAGCGCCGGUGGAGCCACAUUCCUCGUUUGCGUCGGACAGAAGUCCGAAAUCCGCUCGUUGCUGAUUCACGUGAUUGUUCGCAGUCACCAGCCAAAUCCUUGAUUGGAUGCCCUGCAGCGCCACAGA